GGUUGAGCUCGUACAGAUAUGAAAUAGUUACCGUCCUUUUUGGUUCUUUGGGGAUGCGAGAAGAAUCACAUUUCUCAUUUUAUGACUCUCAUAUACGUGUUUUAGCCGCCGCUGGUCUUGUAAUCUCUGGCAGCUCUUUGGUUAAUCGCGGUCGCUACGGGAGCUGUUUUUCGUGGCGGGACAACUGAAUGAGAGCAGUAGCGUCUUGCAAUAAAAGUGUAGUUUCCACUUUUACUGCUCUUGGUUCGAAGAGUGUGUGUAGCCUGUGAAUAUGAGUUUAGCCAGUAGCCGUGAGCAGCGAAAGACGGCGGGGAACCGCAUGUCUAAAUUACUGGAUGCCGAGGAAGAGGAUGAGUUUUAUAAAACUACAUACGGAGGAUUCAAUGAUGAAUCCGGUGACGACGAGUAUCGCGGCGAACACUCGGACACGGAGGACGAGGUAGACAGCGACUUUGACAUCGACGAGGGCGAUGAGCCAGACAGCGAUCAGGAGGAGGACGCGCCGCGCAGGAAAAGUCGAGUGGUAACCAAGGCAUACAAGGAGCCUGUGAAAGUGGCUAAGCCCAAGUCCAAGAGACCAUCAGAGGAGCUGAAGAGAACAGAGAGAGUGAAGGCAGACAAGCGUGUCCCUCUGGAGUUUCACCAUUUUGCCGAGAUCCGGAAGUCGGUGCGUAAGUCCACCAGUGAACACACGCGUAAGACAAACUUGCGUCUGCAGGAGAGACAAGAAGCUCCACGCCGCAGGAGGGGGGCACACCAUGACAAACCACUCACCCAGGACGAGCUGCUCACCGAAGCCAAAAUCACCGCCCAGAUUAACCUGCGAUCGCUUGAGAAUUAUGAGCGUCUGGAGGCCGAUAAGAAGAAACAGGUUCAUAAAAAGCGCCGUUUCGACGGCCCCACGAUCAGAUAUCACUCAGUUCUCAUGCCCCUGCUGGGAGACACACUAAUGAAAGAAGAGAAUGUGGACGUGGAGGGGCUAGAUCAGGACACGCCCCAGUCAGGGCCCCCCUCAUCUGCUGCCUCCUCCCAGAAUACCACGGGGUCUCUGUGUUCCCGUACGUACAUCACUUUCAGUGAUGACGAGGCGUUUGAGAUGGCUUUCCCGCGCUCGGCCCAAAGCAGCCCCCUCCUCCCUGUGCAGGAGGUGUGUCCGGUCACACACAAACCCGCCCUGUACCGGGACCCAGUUACAGACAUCCCCUACGCCAACGCCCGGGCCUUCCGCAUCAUCAGAGAGGCCUACAGGAAAUACGUGGCCGCCCACGGGUUCCCCAGCUCCACAGGGGGGUUUGGCGGGAACGCCGAAAGUCCUGCACCCGCGUCCACCCCGGGCUCUGCUGCCUCUGCGGUCGCCAAAGGUGUUCGUCAGAAACCGCUGGUCAAACAGACAGGGACCACAACAUAACCCGAAACCUCAUCACCAUCAGUGAGCAAGGCCUCUGCCGUGGAUGACUUUUGGAAAGAACAGAUUUCCAAAAUCAAGCAGGAGGAGAGGGUGAGGAACCCUCCCGAGGGUUAGGGUUAGGGUUAGCAGAGAGGUGUCAAGAGGUCGU